AUGAAGUCUGAAGACCGCGACUCACUUCUCAGAAAAGUACCAAGUGGCGUGGGUCAGGUGGCCAACAUAGCGCAGCUUGCCGGGGUGGACGUAUAUGGGCUCAUCACGAUGAUCGUGGAGGCGGCAAGGACAGUUAGAAGGAACCGGGAGACCUGCCAGCUGCUGGCGCGGCGUGUGAAGAUGAUUGGAGACCUUCUCCAGCAGCUCGAGAGCACACAGCUGAUGCAGCAUACAGAGACAAGGAACCCAGUUGAGCAGCUGGAGGAGACACUCCGGCAUACAUACAUGCUCAUCAGAUCCUGUCAGGACGGCAGCUACCUCUACAGCUGGUUUAUGGGAGGGAAGCAAGCUGACCAGCUCCAUCAGGUGCAGAAUGAGAUCGCCUUCUACCUCCAACUCUUCCCGCUCGUUGGAUUUGUUGAUACCAGUCGGACCUGGGCACGGCUUCUGCACAAAGCUCAACCCCUCGGUACAGAGGAUACUAUGGGUGAGUUACAUGCGGUCCAUCCUUCAGAACAUAACAUCAGAACAGAGGCACUCAAGGAAAUUCAUUUAGAAGAUCCGGGAAUUCCCCCUUGUGCAAAAUCUGACGAAGAACAAAAUACAACCAUGAAUAUGGAGGAAAUAGUCAAUCUCAUAGGUGUUGGAAAAGGUGCAGAGCUACCCUAUUUUAGUUUCUCUCAGAUAUUGGCUGCUACAGACAAUUUGUCAUUGCGGAACUUGCUUGGAAAUGGUGUAUUCGGCUGUACCUACAAGGGGAAACUGCCUGAUGGGCUCGAUAUUGCUAUCAAAAGACACAACACAUCUUGCCUAUCAGAGUUCCAAGCUGAGAUUGAAGUCAUUCCGAAUCUUCGACAUAAAAAUAUAAUUUCGCUACUUGGGUUUUGUGUUCAAGGAAAAGAAAAGAUACUUGGCUAUGAAUAUAUGUCGAACAAUAGCUUGGCAGCCGUCAUUUCUGAUGAGACAAAAAGGAAAUUGCUUAAUUGGUCAAAGCGUCUUCAAAUAAUCAAAGGGAUAGCAGAUGGCCUUGUUUAUCUGCAUCUGCAUUCUCAGAUGUGCAUUGUCCACAGGGAUCUGAAACCAAGUAAUCUCCUGUUGGAUCCUGAAAUGAAUGCUAAAAUUUCUGAUUUUGGUCUUGCUAAAAAGCUAGCUCCAGAUGCAAUUGCAGAAGAUAUUGUAUGCGGCACAUAUGGCUAUGCAGAUCCUGAAUAUGUUACUACCGGAAAGUUAUCGCAGAAGGCAGAUGUAUACAGCUUUGGCAUUGUAGUUCUCGAGAUAAUAUGUGGAAACAACCCUUGGUUUUAUAUGGUGAAGGCGAAGAAGGGCUCAUCUCCAGGAUCACUUCCUGAUCAUGCAUGCAAGUAUCUGAAGAGGCCCCGCAAGCUUGUUGACCCACUGCUACGCGCUAGCAAGGGUGAGAGAGCUCAGAUUGCGGAAUGCGUUAAGGUGGCUCUGCUGUGCGUCCACUGUCGUGCUGAAUGUAGGCCCGCCAUGUCGGAGGUUGUGGCGAUGCUCUGCGGCGUCGGGAGUGGGAGAUCGUCACCAGCUUACUGCUGUCACUGA